AUGUUCAAAUUUGUCCGUUUGCGUUUGCCGCAAAUUUCACAAAUUAUCUUAAAACCUCACAGAAGGCAAAUAAAUUUGACUGUAAGUGUUGCGGUGAAAAAAUUCAUUGACUCUGAAAACGACUACGCCAGUGCGGUCUUGCAUAAUGUUAAGCUCAAGGAACGUAUCAACGACGUUGGCGUUUAUUUUCAUGAAGAAGCAGCGGAUAUGGCCAGCAUACUGGAGACAAGCGAAACAUGGUGCAAUGAUGCUCCGGAAAGAGUUUUGUUGCUCUUAAAGUAUGUUAUUACAUCAAUCAAGGACUGCCAAAAUGAAGCAAUGACGAUCCAGAAUACUAGGUUCGAGAAUUUCGUUCGUACCUUCGCCAAAAAUGUCUCAAAAUUCAACGAUGAUCAGCUUUCGCAGGCACUCAAUUUGUUGGCAGAUUUGGGUGAGAUGAAGUCGAUUUAUGAGCCCAACUUUUUGAGUCUAUGGACCGCACUCGAUAGUGAAUGUUUGGUACGGGUUAGGGACUGGAAUGUCGACAAGCUCCUAUACUUUGCUGACCAGUGGUAUCCGUUGCGAUUGGCCAAACAGUGUCGGUUCGUAGAUAAAGCGAUAUGGAAAAUUAGCAAUAAGCUACGCAAAUUGCCUCCGAAGCAGCUAGUAAAGACGGUUUUCUACAUUAACCUAACGCGUGUCCCGGUGGAGAACAUGAUGGACAUCGAGGUGAAUUUUAGCCAAAACUUUGACGCAUUCAACAUCGACGAUAUUGCGAUCCUUUGCAUGGGAUUCUUCAAGACAGAAACGCCCGUUCGCAGUAGCGAAUUGUUGGAAAAGAUCUACGCCAAACUGACUGACCAUCUGGCCACCGUUGAGGAUAUCGGUCUCACUGCCAUCCUUAAGCUGCUACGCUAUUCCUCCCGCAUACCAAACGUGUCGUCUAUGCAGAACCUUCUGAAUGCGCUGGUGCCGGAAAUACCGCGGCUCUCGAACCUGGCCUGCUUGCACAUUGCGCUACUCGGAAGCGACACCCACGUAUGCCACCAGCCAAGCCUCGAGUUGAUCGUUGAAAAAUACCUCCGCGACAUCACAAGCUUGCGUCUAAAGGACAUGGAACGAAUCGCGUUUGUACUUGCGCAUGGGAGCGUUACACUGAGCGAUUCCCGAGACUCCCGGCUGUGCCACGCUAUACUGGCGGACUUGCCAAACCGUGUCACCGAAAUCGCCCAGUAUCCAAAGUGUUACAUCUCACUACUCCACUUCCUGACAAUGCGGCAUGUGUACGACAAUUUCCUUAUAUCGGCCGCUUUCGAGCGAAAGUUUCUUCAGUUGGCGUACAGCAAAAACAUAGGCGGAGCUGGCCGUGAAGCCGUCUCUUUGGACGCCUUUGCCGCCAUCAACUUGUGCGGUGUGUACGACGGGAAUCGCUUUCCGGCAAAUGCCUUUCAGCUCGUCUGUAAGAUGACGCAGGACUACCUGCCAAACCCCCGGUACAGGCUCACCAAAUCGGACCGAAUGCUGCUAGACAUUGAGGCAACGUUCUACGUGCUCCACUCAAAGCACGGCCGGAUAAUGCACCUGCUACCACACUUCCAGCGGCCAGACAUUCUUUUCUGCUUCGAUGGUCGAACCGGGACGGUGGUUCCGUUGGAUGACCUAUUGCCGGAGGAUGCCGUCAAGACGCAUGACAUCAGGACGCGGGAAAGCAUAUUACGAGAGCUUAGCAAGGAGGCGCAUCUGCGAUUGGUGGCGAUUGUCGUCGGAUCGUGGAAUUGCUACAUUCGGGACACAAAACGCCGUACAGGAGGCUUCGCAAUGAAACUUGAGCAGCUUAGGAAGCUGAACUACGAAACAAUCGAGAUACCCUGGUACGAGUGGCCGUAUUCCCGAGAUGAUAUGCAAAAGUAUCUUGCGGCCAAGCUGUCCCCCAUCCUGUCAUCGGCCAGAGGCCAUUCGGAACUCCAUCCCCCUCUAAAUUAAAUAAAAUAUAAA